AUCCACGCGUCGUGCUGAGUCGAACAUGCGAGCUAUAACAUACUCAGUGGAGAGCAAUAUUUCUUUUUAUUAAUUUUUAAUGAAAUUCUACCGGAUAAGUUUAUCAAAAAAUCGAGGAUGAUUUGGCGGAGGAGGCGCACGAUUUAUGUAUUGCUAUUAUUGCUUUGGUUUUUUUCCGUGCUUUAUUUUAUGGACGGUUUUCGCGUGGUGAAGUCGACGAGUUUGCGGUCUCCAAGUGAUGUAGACAACGGCAUGGGUAAUGUUAAUUUUAAUGAAAAUGAAUAUGUGAAUGCUAAAAAAAUAGACAAGGAUCCUUUUAAAGAGAAUGGGUUUAAUCGUAAAGCAAGUGACAACCUUGCCAGUGACAGAGUGAUUCCAGACACAAGACAUGCAAGUUGCACAACUUUAAAGUAUUCAAACAAUUUACCACCAACCAGUGUUAUCAUAACUUUCCACAAUGAAGCAAGGUCAACCUUACUAAGAACUGUGAAAAGUAUUUUAAACAGAAGUCCAGCAAAAUUGAUCAAAGAAAUUAUACUUAUCGAUGAUUUUAGUAAUGACCGUAAGUUCCUUCACAUUAGGAUUUUGCUUAUUGAUGUUGUAUUUUGUUUUAAUUCACAUGUGUUUUGUUUAGCUAAUGAUGGCUCUAUGCUGCUGUCUCUUCCUAAAGUACGAUUAAUUCGCAAUGACAAGAGAGAAGGUCUCAUUCGCUCUCGUGUCCGUGGUGCUGAUGCAGCAACAGGAAGGUUGUUGACGUUCUUGGACAGUCAUUGUGAAUGCAAUGUUGGCUGGCUUGAACCAUUGCUAAUGAGAGUUGUUGAGGAUCCAACGCGGGUCGUUUGUCCAAUUAUUGAUGUGAUUAGCAUGAAAAAUUUUAAGUAUAUUGGAGCUUCUGCUGAUAUCAAAGGAGGUUUUGAUUGGAGUUUGCAUUUCAAGUGGGAUGAGCUGACACCUCAGCAGAAAAUCGAACGAAGAAAUGCACCCACUGCUCCGAUAAAGACACCUAUGAUCGCUGGGGGAUUAUUUGUGAUUGAUAAGGACUUCUUCACGAAGAUAGGAAAAUAUGAUACAAUGAUGGAUAUAUGGGGUGGUGAGAACUUUGAGAUUUCAUUUCGAACCUGGAUGUGUGACGGCAGUAUGGAGAUCAUUCCUUGUUCACGUGUUGGACACGUUUUUCGCAAGAAACACCCGUAUUCCUUUCCGGAUGGAAAUUCAAAUACCUACAUACGAAACACAAGACGGACGGCUGAAGUCUGGAUGGACGGUUACAAGAAAUUCUAUUUUGCCGCUCGACAUGGUUCAAAGAAUAGCCCUUAUGGAAACGUGAAAUCCCGCGUUGAGUUACGAAAGAAUUUAAAAUGCAAGUCUUUUAAGUGGUAUUUGGAAAAUGUCUAUCCAGAGCUACAAGUGCCAGAUCAGAAUGACGUGGCGUUUGGUGAAUUAAGGCAAGGCGAGCUGUGUUUAGACACGAUGGGUCAUCUUGGCGGAGGCUCGGUUAGGACCAUGAAAUGUCACGGAGGUGCGGGCAACCAGGAGUGGUCUUUAACGCGAAAUAACAAAGUAAAACAUCAUGAUCUCUGUCUGACAUUACAAGAAAAAUCUGCUGGUCAGAUUGUCAAAUUAGAAGGUUGUAGAAAAGACUCCGCCCAGUUAUUUCAACAUCUUAGAGACAAAACUCUCAGGCACAAGAACACGGGGUUUUGUCUACAAAACAACAAUUCACAAGUUGAUCUAACCGUCGAGAAAUGCAAGUCGAAUGAACUACUUCAAAAAUGGAAAUUCUCCUUAUAUAUCGACAUGUGAAGAGCUCAGAAAGUUGGAGUUGAAGACCUGAGGAAGGUUUGAAAAAAACGGGGUUGUCUGCUUUCGUGAAAACACCAGUCAAAAAUCAACUUGGCUUUGGGCAGUCCAAAAUCAAUGCCUUCACUCAUUCGUAUUCCCUCCAAAAACCAGCUAAGUAGCUACGGGUAUUUGCAGGAAUAUUUACAUAGCUAUUUUGAAGUAUUUUCUCACCACCGCACGCUAAAUGAAAAAAAAAUUUAACUAACGCAAAAUUAUUACAGAAAUUAAUAUAAAAAACUAACCGUUUAAUUU